AUGUCUUAAAAUAUAUUAAAAGACAUACUUAAGCUGUUAGAAGGCCCCUCCUCAGACACUUUCUAAGAUCUAGAUUCCCAGCUCCUGUUCAUCAAAGAAGCCAUACUCCAAAAUUUACAGAAUCAAGAUUAUCAGGAACUUGAGAAAUAAGUCCAGAAGUACGAGAGAGAAAUACGAAAACACAUUAGAACAGAGCAAUAAAUUAAACUAUACUGUGAACAGCUCUAACAAUAAUUAGAAUAACUUCAAUAAAAUAAUAUAAACAAAAACAUGAAUCACCAACUCAAGAAAGAAAUUGCUGUCUUACAAGAAUAAAACAAAUAUCUAAUUGAAGAGAAUACAUUUCUGAAGAAGAAAAUAUAAGAGACAAAUGAUUAUCAGCAUUAAACUAUUUCAAGCAAAUAGCCUCUGAAGUUAGUUGACUUUAUUCGCAAGCAGAAAGUGCCUAAUGACAAGGAACCUUAUCUCAGUAAUACUAUUGACACUUCUUCAAUUUAUAAAAAAGACCAAAGCAAAUAAAACUCAAAGACCAUCUCUCAGCAAGUCACUGAAUAGAACUAUGAUCAUUGCAAGUAAUUCGUUAAUAAUUUCAAUAUUAUUUCCAACAAACAAAAAAUUACAUGCAAUGCCAAUAGGUAGAAGAAGAGUGUUAGUGAACAUAAGCAAAUCAAAAAUAAACUAGAGUUAUCUUCUAUUAAUUGA